AUGGUCAAUAUCGAAUCGUCAAAAUUGAAUCUUCAAAAUCCUCGAUCAUCGCACAACAUGCCUCCUUCACAUGAUCUCAUCUUCUAUGCAUCAGUAUCCUCGAUCAAAAUUGAAUCGUCUCAUCCUCGAUUGUCAUCUUCUUCAACGGCUUGUCGAAAUAAACAACCCUACUUACAAGUUCUGAAAUUAUCGGCCACUUCCCAUCCACCACCAGCUUCGAUUCACAACAUCUUCAGAAUUACACUUCAAGUUUUACCUUGUUAUCCAGAUUAACGAGAAUGGACCAAAAUGAAACAAGAUCAUCCCAAGAUGCAACAGUUCGUAAUGACACCCCAUUGAAGGAUAAUGGAAAAAGAAAGCGAAUGAAGAAAAGAUCUCCGGUGUGGGCUGAUUUUGUCCAGUAUACUGAUAAAGACGGCUCCACACGAGCAAGAUGUAAGUGUUGCAUCAGAAUCAACUUUUAGCACCGGAGGGAGAGUUCUUGAUUCAUAUAGGACUUCGUUGAGCCCUAAAGUGGUCCAGGCACUCAUAUGUGCUCAAGAUUGGAUCCGAAAAUCACACAGUUUCUUAAAAGUUGAAGAUGAGUUACGUGAAAAUGAAGAACUUGAUGAAGAGUUGACUAAAUUGACAUGCGAUCUAAGCAUUCUUGAUUUGUGAAGAUGGAGAUGACUGAGUUGAUGAAGUUUUACUGCUGGAUUUUGCAUCAGUAUUUGCUAAUGUUGCUUUUUUGAAACGUUAUUUGCCAAUGUGCAACUUUUUUGUAAUCACUAAAACUAUUGGUCUUUUGUAACUUGUUUGGUAUUUUGUAAC